GCGGCAGCAAGGUGGCACUGGUAGGGGAGGGCUUGAUAUCGAGAUUUGGGCACCGGGGGAAGAAUGUCUCCUUUCAACUUUGUCUGUGGCUUGCACCCCCGGAGAAGGCCGUAGGCCGGUUGUGGGGUGCAGAUGUGCCGAGAGUGAUUUCUAAGUAGUUGAGUUGUUGAGAUGAGGAUACGGCUGCUAAUGGUAGGCAGGUUUUGUUUUCAUUGAUGAAUCUGGUGUCAUCAUAUUCCGGUCAUAUGUAGAAAUAUUCUUUGUUUAGGUCUUGAAGUAGAGGAUCUCACUGUGCACGUCCACAUUGUGUUGUUUUUAAAUGAUGUCUCUGCAUGUAUGGCACUCUAGAAUUUCAAAUGUGAGUUAAGGGCCGGGCCUGUGUGGGCCUCAGCACUGGCCUUGACAGUGAACUUUGUGGCUCUGUUUUGGAUUUCAAAGAUUUGCCCCAUAGCCGAAGAGCUGGCUGUUCAUUUUUAAUAGUAGGUGUUAGGAAUGUGGAUGCUUUAGCUGGGGACUUUAGAGAAGGAAGAACAUUUAUAUAUUAAUAAUUGAUAGCUGAAUAUUAUAAUCAGAUUAAUUUGGGCUGAUGAAAGUUUUUUUUUUUUUUUUUUAAAGCGAUGUGCACUCUAGGAAGGGAAGCCUUUUCAUAGGCAUACUUUAUAGGGGUUCUUUAGGGCAGGGAGCUGGAAUAUCUUUUAUAGAGGAGACUCAUCAGUAUCUGUAGCUUCAUUGAGGGCCUGGUAAAGAGACUGAAAUUGGGGCUUAGACCUAAGUGUACUUUCAGUGUUUGUUGUUUGUUUACAUUUGGUGGUCACUCAUGUUUGGGCAGUAGAAAUAAAUAGGUCAGCUUUUCUUUUGGUUUUUGAAGACUAGCUCCCCCCUCCCCCCUUUUUUAAGUUUCACAACUUACUUGGUUUCACGGUUUUGUAGGAAACUGUUACUCCAUUUUUACUGGAAAUACUAUUAUUCAUUUUGAUUUUGGUAAGUUCCUGCCUAUUCUCUUUUUCUGUCUCCACUUGUAUAUGGGAUCUACCUCAUGGGCUUAAAGUGAGCUAGCUGUAGGGGCUAUUUAAAGUGUCUGAAGAAUGAAUUUUAAAAUAUCAGGACAUACCUUUUGAUGUCAAAGAGGAAAUUUUUAUGUGUAGUUACUCAUGUUUAUAAAAAUUCUGUACCUAAAACUUCUGUAGAUGUGCAACAAUCCUUAAGUGAAGAGCAUAGUAAUAGUGCAGAAAAUUCUCAAAACAUGAACUUCUGGCUAACCUAGUAAAAAUAUUACAGGUGCUUUUCUUUAUGUCAUACUUUCGCUUUUGUUAACAUAAUACUAUUGCAAUAUGACUGGCAUUGCUUGCCUGGCCAUAAUAGUCUUUUGCUUGAGUGCUUUUUGACGGCUUUUUAAUAGUUUUUAGAUAAUUUUACAAGCUUUCUAUAAGUAUUUGCACUUUGGACUCAGACAGAUCUUUAUGGAACUGGAAUUGUAAUAGAUUAAAAAGACUCCUACCUAUGACAGAUUUUAUUUUUAAUUGGUAUAAGUGAUGGAUGGGGCCCUAUUUCUUUUAGCUUUGAAGGGUCCAUCCUUUUUCCCAUUCAAUCAUCUGGAAGGUGCUGCCUCAGAAAUAUUCUUCUUCUGAUUACAUGAAGAGCUCUAAAUGCUAUCCAGCAGGAGGUGCUACAGCAAGAUAAAGCAAAUCUCUGAAUUUUGAGGGUCUUGCUACUUAUUACAGCUCUACUUAGCUUCAACUAAGCAACAGGAUUAACACCCUAAAGUUCCAGAAAGAUUUUGAGGAGCAAGAGCGCUGAAGGAGGGCCAGUUCCCCCAAAGUUGGACUUCUCAGAACCUUUAAUAUGCUAAUGUGCAUUGUGAAUCUCCAAGAGGGGGAUAUGAUAUGCAGCAUUCUUGAAUACUUCUAAUGACAGGGAGCCCACUACCUCAUAAGCUGCAGUGAGAAGAGGAGUUUGUUAUUUUAAACAGAGGCUGAAGACACUAUAGAAUUAGCAGACAUAAGAGAAAGUGGAGAAGGUAGAGGAUGGAGUUGCAGACUCUGCAGGAAGCGCUGAAAGUGGAAAUUCAGGUUCACCAGAAACUGGUUGCUCAAAUGAAGCAGGAUCCACAGAUAUUUUUUCUUUCCAAUCAGAAUGCUGAUUUAAAGAAACAGCUUCAUGAACUCCAAGCCAAAAUCACAGCUUUGAGUGAGAAACAGAAAAGAGUAGUUGAACAGCUACGGAAGAACCUGAUAGUAAAGCAAGAACAACCAGACAAGUUCCAAAUACAGCCAUUGCCACAAUCUGAAAACAAACUACAAACAGCACAGCAGCAACCACUACAGCAGCUACAGCAACAACAGCAGUACCACCACCACCACGCCCAGUCGGCGGCCCCCUCUCCCAGUCUGACCGCGUCCCAGAAGACUGUAACUACAGCUUCUAUGAUUACCACAAAGACACUACCUCUCGUCUUGAAAGCAGCAACUGCGACCAUGCCUGCCUCUGUUGUGGGCCAGAGACCUACCAUUGCUAUGGUGACCGCCAUCAACAGUCAGAAGGCUGUGCUCAGCACUGAUGUGCAGAACACACCAGUCAACCUGCAGACGUCUAGUAAGGUCACUGGGCCUGGGGCAGAGGCUGUCCAAAUUGUGGCAAAAAACACAGUCACUCUGCAGGUUCAGGCAACACCUCCUCAGCCCAUCAAAGUACCACAGUUUAUCCCUCCUCCUAGACUCACUCCACGUCCAAACUUUCUUCCACAGGUUCGACCCAAGCCUGUGGCCCAGAAUAACAUUCCUAUUGCCCCAGCACCUCCUCCCAUGCUUGCAGCUCCUCAGCUUAUCCAGAGGCCUGUUAUGCUGACCAAGUUUACCCCCACGACCCUCCCUACCUCCCAGAAUUCCAUCCACCCCGUCCGUGUCGUCAAUGGGCAGACUGCAACCAUAGCCAAAACGUUCCCCAUGGCCCAGCUCACCAGCAUUGUGAUAGCUACUCCAGGGACCAGACUCACUGGACCUCAAACUGUACAGCUUAGCAAGCCAAGCCUUGAAAAACAGACAAUUAAAUCUCACACAGAAGCAGAUGAGAAACAAACAGAGAGCCGCACCAUCACUCCCCCUGCUGCACCCAAACCAAAACGGGAGGAGAACCCUCAGAAACUUGCCUUCAUGGUGUCUCUAGGGUUGGUAACACAUGACCAUCUAGAAGAAAUCCAAAGCAAGAGGCAAGAGCGAAAAAGAAGAACCACAGCAAACCCGGUGUACAGCGGAGCGGUCUUUGAGCCAGAGCGUAAGAAGAGCGCGGUCACGUACCUGAACAGCACCAUGCACCCCGGGACCCGGAAGAGAGGUCGUCCUCCAAAAUACAAUGCAGUGCUGGGGUUUGGAGCCCUUACCCCAACAUCCCCCCCAUCCAGUCAUCCUGACUCCCCUGAAAAUGAAAAGACAGAGACCACAUUCACUUUCCCUGCACCUGUUCAGCCUGUGUCCCUGCCCAGCCCCACCUCCACAGACGGUGAUAUCCAUGAGGAUUUUUGCAGUGUGUGCAGAAAAAGUGGUCAGUUGCUGAUGUGUGACACGUGUUCCCGUGUGUAUCAUCUGGACUGCUUAGACCCUCCUCUGAAAACGAUUCCCAAGGGCAUGUGGAUCUGUCCCAGAUGUCAGGACCAGAUGCUAAAGAAGGAAGAAGCAAUCCCAUGGCCUGGAACGUUAGCAAUUGUUCAUUCCUAUAUCGCCUACAAAGCAGCAAAAGAAGAAGAGAAACAGAAGUUACUUAAAUGGAGUUCAGAUUUAAAACAGGAACGAGAACAACUAGAACAGAAGGUGAAACAGCUCAGCAAUUCUAUAAGUAAAUGCAUGGAAAUGAAGAACACCAUCCUGGCCCGGCAGAAGGAGAUGCACAGCUCCCUGGAGAAGGUAAAACAGCUGAUCCGCCUCAUCCACGGCAUCGACCUCUCCAAAUCCGUAGACUCUGAGGCCACUGUGGGGGCCAUCUCCAAUGGCCCGGACUGCACCCCCCCUGCCAACGCCGCCACCUCCACGCCGGCCCCCUCCCCCUCCUCUCAGAGCUGCACAGCGAACUGUAACCAGGGGGAAGAGACUAAAUAACAGAGCCCUGCUAGGAGAAGCCACGGGAUCCUGGCGGCAAGGAGAGCAAAACACUGAAGACUAGAAAAGCAAAGCCGGAUUUCUUCUGGAAAGUACAGAAUUCUUUUGGUUCUUUGGUUCCAGAGAGAGAGAAGAUGCUUGUGCCAGGCGGCACCAGAGUUUGCCAAUUGAUCCUUCGCAUCCUGUGUGUACAUGCAAAGAUUGGACCAUGUUACAUGAAAUAGUGCCAGCUGGAGGUUCUUUGCCAGCACCAUGCCAAGUGAAAUAAUAUAUUUACUCUCUCUAUUAUACACCAGUGUGUGCCUGCAGCAGCCUCCACAGCCACGAUGGGUUUGGUUUUGUUUUGUUGGGUGGGGAGCAGGGACGGGCGGAGGGAGGAGAGCAGGUUUCAGAUCCUUAUUUGCCGAGCCGUUUGAUUAGGUAGAGAAGACAAGUCCAAAGAGUGUGUGGGCUUUUCCUGUUUCUAAACUUUCACUACUAUAAAACCAAAAAAAGGAAAUCGAGAUUUAACCAACCCCAGUGCCCAGAGGAGGGGUGGGGAGGGGAUGGGAGGGAGCCGGGGUGGGAGAAGUAUAUCAAAUAAGCAGUAUUUCUUAUUGUCUGUGGUGGGCCACAGUGUGCAGGGAGAUGGACACCAAGGACAGCCCCCGGGUUCUUCUCCGCGCACUCGCGCCCCACCGCGGGCGCCCCCCACUCCCCAGGCUCCUUCCCCGCUCUGGCAAAUUGGCGUGCAUCCCGUGGGUGGCGGGGCCUUCCCUCUCCCAGAACAGGGAAGAAGGGUGUGUGUGUCCAGGAAGGAAAAAAGGUGGAUCAGUGAUUUUACUUGAAAACAAGCUCCAUCCCCUUUCUAUAUUUAUAAGAGAAGAUUCUGAGCAAAGCAGCACGCGACCCAGGUGUGUGUGAAUUGAAUGGAGACGUUUCUUUUUUUCUUUUUUUUUAAUUUUUGUUUUUGUUCUUUUUUCUUUUAAAAAAAGUUUUAUUUUGUUGUUUAUUUUACUUUUUUGGUAACAAAAACUAAAAUAAGGAAUAGAAAAGCUGUUUUUCAGGCUGACAGUCCAAUUAAGGGUAGUCGAGACCUUGCAUGGUAGAAUAGGAACCAUAGUGUCAGUGAGGUCAGUGAGUCUGUGUGAGUCCUUGUGUCAUCGUUCGGGGCACUGUUUUUUUAUGCAAGGGCAAAAUCUUUGUAUCUGGGGAAAAAAACAACAACUUUUUUUUAAAUUAAAAAAGAAAAAUAAAAGAUAUUGAGGUCUUCCUAGUGUUACUUAAAUUAAGAUCAAGGUAAGAAACAUUGUAAAAAAAUUACAAAAGUGCUAUUUGUUUCCUAAAAACAGUGAUUUCUAUUAAAAAGGUGUCAGAACUGGAGAAAA